AGCAGCAGCGGGUGCAGACGCAAUAGCAGUAGAAGAAGGAGUAGCAUACUAUAAGGAAGGAAAAAGACUAGAUAGCCACACAGCUCUCUCUGAAGAAGGUGGCAUUACCUUCCCUUCUCCUCCUCCUCCUGGAAUCCAGAUAUAUGAAGUGAAGGUUCAAAUGUUCUGAGCUUCUGUCAAACCUCGGGAGUUCGGUUGGUCCAUUCACAGGUAGACUAGUAUCAGCAAACCGAUACAGACAACGCGAAAACGUACAUUUUUGUUGUGUUUUGUUGUUGUUGUACUGAAAGCAUUCGAGAACGGAGUGAUAUCGUCCAGAAUCUCUCUCCCAUCUACACCCGUCGAGAUGAAUACCAACGACGCUAAGGAGUAUCUCACCAGGCGGGAGAUACCUCAACUGUUUGAGAGCCUGUUGACAGGGUUGAUGUACUAUAAACCAGAGGACCCUAUAGACUACCUGGAGGUGUGUCUAAAGAAGGUGAGGGAGCUCGGGGGACCAGACAGGGUCCGGUGGGACACAUUCGUCGGCCAGGAGAAGAAGUCCCUUCCCCCCCUCAACGGAGGACAGUCACGUAGGUCCUUCUUCAGAAACGUGCUCCCAGACAGUCCCAACUUCCCCUACCGGCGCUACGACCGCCUCCCUCCCAUCAGCCAGUUCUCCAUUGAGAGUGAUUCAGACCUGUCGGAGACCGCUGAACUCAUCGAGGAGUACGAGGUGUUCGACCCCUCCAGACCACGACCCAAAGUCAUCCUCAUCAUCGGAGGGCCAGGCAGUGGUAAGGGAACCCAGAGUCUGAAGAUAGCAGCGUGCUAUGGGUUCCAGUAUGUCUCUGUAGGAGAGCUGCUCAGGAAGAAGAUGAUUCACAACGCCACCAGCAACAGGAAGUGGAGUCUCAUCGCCAAGAUCAUCACCAAUGGGGAGCUGGCACCUCAGGAGACCACCAUCACUGAGAUCAAGCAGAAGAUCAUGAAGAUUCCAGACGCUAGCGGGAUCGUGAUUGAUGGGUUCCCUCGUGACAUGGGACAGGCGCUUUCUUUUGAGGACCAGAUCUGUACUCCAGACCUGGUCGUGUUCCUGUCCUGUGCUAACCACCGCCUGAAGGAGCGCCUGGAGAAGCGAGCAGAGGCGACGGGUCGUCCUGAUGACAACCCCAAUGCAACAGAGCGCCGCCUCACCAACUUCAAACAGAACACCAUCCCCUUGGUCAAAUACUUCCAGGAGAGGGGACUCAUCGUCACGCUGGAUGCAGACCGAGACGAGGAGGAAGUGUUUUGUGACAUCAGCAUGACAGUGGACAACAAGCUGUUUCCGUCCAAACAACCUGUCGCUGGCCCCAGUGAGCUGGAUCUCAGUCUCCUAGGAGACAAUACUAGUCUGGUAGAUGUCCCAUUCAGAAAUGAGGAGCAGGUUGAAGAGGAGGAGGAUGAAAUGGGGUAUGCUGAAGGGACUGCAGAGAGUGAGUACAUGAGCCUGCAUUGA